GCACUCGGAACCAUUCAAAUCAAAUGAGUUAAAUAAAUAUAAACUGAGUCCUCCAGUGAGAAUUUGAAGCAUGUUUUCAAGCAAAAUCAUCAAUUUCUUAAUCAUGUAAUUCGUCACCAACGUUAUCCACAAGUGAACCAAAAAAACAAAAACAAAAAUUUAGCAAUGAGAUGUUGUAAUGGACUAAGAAAUUGAAACCCCAUAACUUAUUUUGCGGUUGAGUUGACAAGUCACACCAACACCAUCACUCACUCUGCACUCUCUAGAGAUUCCUCACCAUUUCUUUUUCUUCUAUAAAUGCUCCCCUUAAGUCUUUAACUCCACACACUUCUCUAUCUGUUACCCUUUUCUUCAGCUCUUAUCAUCUCUUCUCUGAUUUUUCAUCUGGUUUUCUGCAAUUGUUCUUCUUCAGAAUCAGAAACCCACCUCUGAAACCCCCCAAAGAAUUUUCACCAUGGCCAGCAUUGAAGCCAAGAUUCAGCAGAACCCACCUCAGAAAACCCAAAAUGUUUUUCUUGGAACCCAGAUUUUCAUGAGAACUUUCACAAUGACUGCUACAUUGGCUGCAACUUGGGUGACGGUCACAAACAAGCAGACCGCUCAGAUUGUUGGCAUAGAAUUUGAUGCUAGAUAUAACUAUUCCCCUGCCUUCACGUUCUUUGCUUAUGCAAAUGCUGUCGUAAGUGCCUUUUCUUUGCUGUCCUUGUUCCUUGUUUUCCUUUUCCAUCGCAAAGGCUCAAAUCCUGCCAACUACUUCAUCUUGUUCCUCCACGAUUUGAUGAUGCUGUGCUUGUUGCUUGCUGGAUGCUCUGCUGCGACUGCUAUAGGGUACGUGGGGAAGUAUGGGAACAGCCACUCGGGUUGGGCUCCAAUCUGUGAUCACUUUGGAAAAUUCUGUAAAAGAGGGACCAAUUCUAUGGUUCUCUCUUACCUGUCUGUCAUUUUCUUGCUCAUGCUUACCAUCAGCUCGGCCACCAAGUCCAGACAGAUUCUGGUUUAGAUCUUCUAGUUCUGUUCUUCUUGCUGUUGUUGUAGAAGAAGAAGAAGUUUUAUUUUCACUGUGUUGUAGAAGUUGACUUGAUGAAAUGAUGUAGAUCUUUGUAAAACUUGCAAUGAGUUUGCUUCCCCACACCCCACACCCCACAAAACAAAAAACAAAAGCCGAAAACGAAAACAAAAACAAAAACAAAAAAUCCUCAUGUUGAGCCCUCUUCUG